GGAAGUCGCUCCGCUGCAGAGGGAGGGGGCGCUGCUUCGAGGAGGAAGCCUAGGCCUGUGCCAGAGUCUGUGUCCAGCGCCGGCCUCAGCUUCCAGGCCACCCCCGCCCCACGCCUGCCCGCCGCCCCUAUGCAGUACGUGUCGCAGCAGAGUGCCAUCUCCCAGCCCACUCAGGCCGUCCCCCCUCAGUUCGGCUACGUGAUCCUAGUGUUCAUUUACAGCUGGGUCAUGCUAGCUUACCUGGGGGUCAAAGUGGGCAUAGCUAGGAAGAAAUACAACGUCAAGUACCCAGACAUGUACAGUGAUAAAGAACCACUUUUCAACUGUAUCCAACGGGCACAUCAAAACACAUUGGAGAUAUACCCUCAAUGGCUGAUCUUCCAACUGAUAGCUGGAAUUGUCUACCCGGUCACUGCUUCUUUGUUUGGUAUAAUUUGGGUAACCAGUCGAUUUUCUUACGCAUGGGGAUAUUACACAGGAGUGCCAGAGAAAAGAAAGAUUGGGUCCUAUGGAUACAUUGGAUUUCUGGGAGUCAUAGCCCUGUCUUUAAUCGUUGCUUUUAAAACCAUUUUCUCACCGUGAUAAGCUUUCUACCACUGAAAGUUGGGGAAAAUAAAAAUACCGGUUAUCCAGUGGUAUUUAUCAGCUGUUAUACAUGGCCAGCCAUUUUGAAAUGAAUGUCAUCUUAGAAAUCCUGCUACUUGUUUAUCGAUGCUCAUUUAAAUAUUACCAACCUGUGAUCUUCUCCGAUUUGUUAAGUGUUCCAGUUUGACUAGUUUUGUGGCAUAAAUCUAUUUUUUCUAUAUUUAAUAAAAUGGUAUCCUGGACUACAAUGUUAAUUUACAAAUUUUAUUUUUUAUAAUUAGGCAAAUGACUGGCUUCUGCCUGAACUUGAAUUGCUUUCUAUUCUAGCUUGUGUAUGUAAUUGUUAGUUUAAAGUGAAUAUGUAUUAUUGAACUAGGUUUAACAUUUUAUUUUUCAGGAUGCUUAGUAACUCAACUUACUUAAAUUUUGAUCCAAGGCCCUCUGUUUUGUAUUACGGUUUAAACUUAAAAUCAACCUAAUCACACAGAGAAUGGUGUAUGUGUGCAGAACAUGUGAAAGAAAACUAAGUGAUAUCAAAGCCAAUAGAAACUUUAAAAGCUUGUUAAACAAGGCUGUAAUUCUUUAUCAAUGGAUGUUCUGACAUUGAGAACUGAAUGUUCACUGAUUUGUACAUUACCUGUUGGUUUUAUUUUAAAGAAACAUAUUUUCUGCACCAUUUAGUUAUCCAUUUUAAUCUUUAUUCAGCAUACCAAAUAAUGAAAUGGCUUGAACUAUAAUUUUGUCUUAAAUGUUAUGUAUUUUGUUGUAACCAUUCAUCAGGAUCCAACUAUAGUUGAUGAUUUCCUCAAAUGCUUUUCUUUAUGUACAAAUCUUUAUGGCUCUGUUUCACGCUUAAUUUCUAAAUAAAAAGAUCAAUUUUAAAUAUA